GUAGGCCUGUCUAUCUAUUCCCAUUAAUUCUCAUUCGCAUUCGUCUUCUCUAGUACCAAACCCAAUACCAUAAUACACCACGAAUUUCUUUCUUUUCUUUUCUUCUCUUCUCUUUUCUUUCUUCAUCAGAAUCAUCAUCAUCGUCAACCACUACAAGAUAACCACAUCAAACAACUAAACAACGACAACAUACAGAUAGCAGUAUAAAACCCAGAAAACGAGACAAGGGAAAAUAAGGACGGGAUCGGUUGCGGUGGAAGGAGCUCAGAAAACUCACAAUGGUAUUGGGAUGGCGAAAAGCCUUCUGUACGUCGAUCUCUAGGGAUCGAGACUCCAGCAUCCAUAGCAGCAGCUCCACCAGCAACGACGGCAGGCAAGACAAAAUUAGUCACGACGCCCAUCAAAGCAAUCCAACCACUCCUAAGCUUAGCUCCAAGUUAAGCUUCUUCUCCAUUCCUUCCACUCCUCGGUUACAAUCUCAGCUUGUUUCUAGCCCCAGACUUCGAUGUCGAACCACCCCCACCACCAGGGCAACCAGUACUCCAUCCACACCACCAUUACAACCGCCUGAAAGUCCAAAGCGCCAAUGCAAGACGGCCAAAAACAGCCCCAGAUUUUUCCAACUACGCUCCUCCACCCCAUCCUCUCCUCGCUCCCCUUCCACUCUUUCUCUUCUUAAAUCCACCCUUCGCAUAUCCUCCAAGACAAGGUGUGGAAUAUGUUUACACGGCAUAAAAAGCGGGCAAGGGAUGGCCAUAUUCACGGCGGAGUGCAGCCACAGCUUUCAUUUUCCAUGCGUCGCCGGUCACGUGAGAAAGCAAGGGACUCUCGCGUGCCCGGUUUGCAACUCUACAUGGACCGAAAUGCCCUUACUAUCAAUCCACAAUGUCAGCGGCAGCAGCAGCAGUCAUCACAGCAGGUUAGACAAACAAGAGAAAAGGAUGGAAUUUCCGUCAUCUCCCAAAACGCCGCCGCCGCCUCCUUCCUCGUCUAAUAGUUGUAAGCAACCUGUUUUAAAGGUGUACAAUGACGACGAGCCGCUGAUGUCGCCAACAUGUGGAGCUCGGUUCAACCCGAUACCCGAGUCCGAUGAGAAUGGUGAAGAAGAUAGUGAUAAUAUUACAGAAGAAUUUCAAGGAUUUUAUCCUACUACAACGAGUCCUUUUCAGAAGAGCACCGCUUCUGCCUUGGGAAAUAUCGAAACGAAGAUAUCGCCAGAGGCUGCCGUGAUCUCCAUUGGCCGGAGUAGCCAGACUUUCGUGGUUGUGCUAAAAAUCAGAGCUCCACCGGCUCCGACGAACGCGGCGAGGAGAGCUCCGAUUGACUUGGUAAUGGUGCUGGAUGUGAGCCGGAAGCUGACCAACGAAAAGCUUCAGAUGAUGAAACGAGCUCUGAGAUUGGUGGUGUCCUCGCUUUCGCCUGCCGAUAGGCUCUCCAUUGUGGCGUUCUCAUCUACUUCCAAACGGCUGCUGCCGCUGAGGAGGAUGACGGCGGCGGGGCGGCGGUCGGCCCGCAGGAUAGUGGACUCCAUAGUAUCUUUGGAUGGAACAGCACCCGCGAGUGCCAAUGACGCGAUUAAGAAAGCCGCCAAGGUUCUGGAGGACCGCCGGGAAAAAAACCCCGUCGCCAGCAUUAUACUCUUGUCCGACGCGAUUGAGGAUCGGUCAGCCAAUCAAAGGCGGCAGUCGUCAGUCGUGUGCACCACGCGCGUCACCCAUUACGAAGUUCCGGUACUGUCAGUCGGACUGAGGCACUGCGGGGCGUACGGACACGGGGAGCCGCCGGACGACUCCUUGGCCAAAUGCGUUGGAGGACUGUUGAGCGUGGUGGUGCAGGACCUGAGGGUCCAUUUAGGAUUUAUUUCCGGGUCGGGUCACGGCCAGGUCGCGGGAGUCUACUCGUUCGGGGGUCGGCCCAUGGCCCUCGGUUCGGGUUUGGUCCGACUGGGCGAGUUGUUCGCUGAGGAAGAGAGAGAAUUGUUGGUGGAAUUAAAAGUCCCGUCGAUGAGUUCGGCUGGGGCCCACCACGCAUUGUCCGUUCGAUGCUCAUACAAAGACCCGUCAACUCAGGUGCUAAUCCAAGGUAAAGAACAAGCGCUGUUGGUCCCACGUCCUCAGGCCCUCCGAUCAUCCACGCCCAGCAGCAUCGAACGGUUGAGAAGCCUAUUUGUUGCGACGCGAGCUGUGGCUGAGUCUAGGAGAUUAGUCGAGAGAAAUGAUUUAGCCGGAGCCCAUCAGGUGCUGACAUCGGCUCGAUCUCUGGUACUGCAAGCCAGCAGUAGUAGUGAGUGGGGUGAGGAGUACGCGAGCGGCUUGGAAGCUGAGCUGUCGGAGUUGCAUUGGAGGAGACAAAAUCAGGUGCAGCAGAUUCCAAGGAGACGAAACGUGGAAAGAAGGCAUCCUACGGGCGCCAGCAGCGGCGGUAGUAUCAGAUUGGAUGAGAAAUCAAGCGAGCCGCUCACGCCGACAUCGGCUUGGAGAGCGGCGGAGAGGCUGGCUAAAGUCGCAAUUAUGAGGAAAUCUAUGAAUAGGGUCAGCGACUUGCACGGCUUUGAGAAUGCCAGAUUUUAAUUUUGUGUUAAUUAGUUGGUAAAUUUUAAAAUGAAAAAUAGUAGUGAGUACUGCCAUGUAUGUAUAAGUAGUAGUUUUGUUGGACUUGGACAUAGGAAGGAAGGGAGAAAAAAAAAAAAA